ACAACACCUGAGACAACAACUACUACACCAACAACCACAACAACACCUGAGACAACAACUACUACACCAACAACCACAACAACACCUGAGACAACAACUACUACACCAACAACCACAACAACACCUGAGACAACAACUACUAUACCAACAACUACAACACCACCUGACACAGCCACCACGACACCGCCAACAACCACAAUUAUACCUACAAUGACCACGUCUGAACCUACUACAACUACAAUAGCCACUACUACACAAACAACAACCACAAUUCCAAUAACGACCACUGCAGCAACAACAACAACAACUUUGGCACUGAGCAAAAUACCUCUUCAGUUUUCGCUUCAAGUUGAUAGUCCAGCACCAUCUUGCACUGAGGGUGAAUAUCUACCACGGUUCCUCCAUCCAACGCCACAUCACGGAGAACAACUGCAGGCUCGUGUAAAUCAAGAGCUUGAGAUCAGAGUGAAAGCUUCUGCAUCUUUUUCAAAAAUCAUUGAUGUCAUCAUUAGUGGACCUCUGAACAGCACAAAGUACGAAACCACCACUGGGGAAUACGUGAUUAACUGGACACCAACUGCAGAAAACUAUGGCCAACAUUUUCCAUUUUGCUUUAUCGCAGAAGGACAAUAUGGAUUUGAUAUUUACCACUCUGAGAUGAGGUGCGUUGUUGCAAAGGUGAAUGCUAAAGGACCUGAGGCAAAUGUAACCUGCACUCAAAACUCAAUGUCAGUGACAAUUGAGAGAUCCUCCAUCAAAAACCUCCAUGGUGACCACUUGAGACUGAUAAAUCCGUCUUGUCGGGUUUACACUAACAGUACCCACCUGUUCACCAACACACUUCUAAACGACUGUGGCACUCGGAUUGAGGAGAACAAUAAUGAACUCAUCUUCAAGAAUAAAAUCAUUACAUUCGAUGAUCCCAGGGACAUUAUAACCAGGAAAGAUUACCUAGAAAUUGAAAUCCUGUGCAAGUACCAGAAAAGGACCAACGUUACUGUGGAGUUUGAUACUCACAGACCACCAAUCAUCAUCUCGGAAAAAGGUUUUGGCACAUUCAACUAUCAGUUUGAGUUUUAUGCUUCUGCAAAUUUCCAGACCAGCAGGGGUCCAGAAUCUUACCCACUUGAGUACGAUGUGGGCGAUAAGAUCUUCAUGAAGAUCGAGCCUGUUACUCCAGUCCUAAACACUGAGAUCUUCCUCGAGUCGUGUGUGGCUACACCUUACGAUAAUCCCAAUUAUCCAGUCUCCUAUCCCAUCAUCAAGAAUGGAUGCAUUGUGGAUGAAACGGUUCGGUUUUUCUCAAGCCACCAAACAUAUGUUCAGUUUGAAAUGGAGGCCUUCAAAUUCAUUAGUUUUCAUGACCAGGUGUUCAUCAGCUGCUCAAUCAUCAUAUGCCAGGCCAACAAUCCCAACACCCGCUGCUCUCAGGGCUGCGUCAACGGCACAGUCGCUCCGCCGGCCCACCACCAUCACAAAAGAGAGGCUCCCAUCCAGACCGGCAGUCACUUCAUCUCCCAGGGGCCCCUGCGGCUGAAGAGGAGCGCAUCACAGGUCACCGUAAGCCCGGGUCUGAACCUAAACCUUGUUGUCGUCGCUGUGUGUCUCAUGGCAGCAGUUGCGACGGUGUGUGGAGUGAUCGUCUACAGAGCCAGAGGGCAAAGGAUCAGAUAUAAACCCGUGCCAUCGCACGACCUUUAGUUAUGUCAGCUCUGUUUUUUUAUUUUUCAAAACAUAAUGCUCUGUUUUUCCUGAGAAAACAGAGAAUUAACAAGAUUGUUGGUGUGCUUUCAAACAGCUCUGAUGGGAGUCUCUGGUUAAAGUGUGUUUUUCUUUCUUUUGUAAUAAUUUACAGUAAGUAAUGUGAGCUGAAACAGAUUGGGAAUAUAUCAGCAGUCACACUAUUAAAUAUGACUUUUGCCUCAAUAAACUUUGUUGCUUAUAGUUGUUAAGUUUAGGUAUUGGGUGAAUUAAGGGAUCUAAAAUAUGAGCAUGCAGAAUAAGGCAUUAAUAUGUGCUUUAUAUGUACUAGUAAUAUGCAUAGGGAUAUGCAUGCUAAUAAACAACUAGUUAGUAGUGAGAAUUGCUCCCAAAAGUGUUACCAUAUCAGCUGAAACAGCUUGAACCACCAUCAUUCAUGUUUUUAAACUUCAGUAGCAAAAAUGCUACCAGAGUUGAUAAGUUUGAUUCAUUUCUGUGAAUCAGUUCAAACUGCCAUCAAUUUACAAUCAAUUAAAUUCAGUUCAUUUGUGGCAUUACUAAAAGUCUCUUUUUUCCCGUAUAUUCAUAAAUUUGUGAAAUGUUGGUGAAUCAGUUUUAAUUCUAUGUAUUAUGUUGGUUAUUCUCCAUGAAAACGUGCCUUGAUUCUUAUAAACUACAUAUGACAAAACUGGGUAUGAAACAGUUUCAUGUUUCAGAAGAUCCUUAUACAAGAGAGAAGUGAUUACAGUGCUGUUGUCAUUCUCCUGCCAUUUGGCUACUUGUCUGAAAAAAACAAAACAAUCAAAUGUGUUUUUAAGUGAAGUGUGAGAACAAGCUCAUGGCGGACAAUCAUCGGAAAUACAGUAAAGGGGACAAACUGCAGAUCAAACUCAUCCGUCACCCUGUCUGGAGCAUUAAAGAAACAGAUGCAUGCAUGCGAACCAGUGUUAUUUUAGUAUCACUGAGAUAGUAUAUAUUUCCUUCUUUCAUUUAAAUGUUUGUUAAAGUUUUUGUAAUGUUGUGUUUUCUGUUUUUUUUUAUUUUUAAAUAUGUCUGAAUACACAGAAAAAGACUUGGCAAAAAAAGAAUCAAUUUUCACUCAGAAAUUGCUAGUUAAUUUCACAAAUAGUUACAAAGAAAUGGCAAGUAACACAUUUAAUUAAACAUGAAAUUUUCAAGUUAUUUUAUUCCAGAAAUGUUUCCUUGGCCAACAUGAUUGGCAGCUAGAUAAAUCAAAUAAGUUCAUGAUUGUUGUUUUUUUUCUUUCAAAAAUACUGUAUUUUAAAUCAUUUAAUGCUUGUUUUAUUUCAACUAACUUUUUUAUAUAUGGUUUUACUUUCAGUUUUAUUUAACUAUAAUAAUCCUGAGUUGAACUGCAAUUACUGGCUAACAAUAUGCUGUCUCACUGUGCAUAUUAAAGGGGUGGUCAAUCAGC